UGAAAACAAUAAACACUCCGUUGGCCAGAGGACCUGUCGCAUAUUUCAGUGAUAUUUAUUAUUAAAAGUAGAACCGGAGUGACCCGUUUCAACACAAAUAUCCUCUUUUAAACGCUGCUUUGGACAACCGGACGUUCAAAAACGAAGAACCAGGGGAUUUUGGUGUCAAAAGGACAGGAAGUUAGACGUUUCACCCCUUCUUGUCCAUCGUAGUACGCUUGUAUUACUGUAUUCUCGUUUUCACACACUACCGAGGGGGGUUUAGGUCUGUUAUGCAGGACUGGUGUCUUGUUCCGCCGCCUCUCUGCUCCCUCUCCCCGUCUGCUCUGGACCUAUGUCUCGGUGGCUCUUCCCCUGGUCGGGCUCAAUAAAGAAACGGGCCUGUCGGUACCUCCUGCAACACUACCUGGGCCACUUCUUGGAGGAAAGACUCAGUUUGGACCAGCUGAGCUUGGACCUGUACAAUGGCAGCGGGGUCAUUAGAGAAAUUAACCUGGAUGUGUGGGCAGUGAAUGAGUUGUUGGACUCAUUGGGAGCUCCGCUGGAGAUUGUUGAAGGUUUCGUGAACAGCAUCGCAGUGACUAUUCCCUGGGCGGCACUCGUGACAGAACACUGCACCCUUGAAGUCACUGGAUUGCAAAUAACAUGCAGACCCAAAUACAGAACCAACGGAAACUGGGAUUCCCAAGGGUGGUCAUCAUGCAUGACGUCCAGCAUGCAGCUGGCCCAGGAAUGCCUGAAGGACCCACCCGAGGCGUCAGAAGAGCCGCCUGCUCCACUGGAGGGGCUGGAAAUGUUUGCACAGACCAUCGAGACAGUCUUGCGUCGAAUAAAAGUCACCUUUCUGGACACUAUCGUGCGAGUAGAACACCAUUCCCUGGACGCUGAGACUGGGGUCGCCUUAGAGAUGCGCAUUAAACGAGUGGACUAUUGUGAUGAGGCUGUGAGAGACUCAAGCCAGACAGUGCCUGUAGACAUCCACCAGCCACCAGCCUUCCUGCACAAGAUCCUUCAGCUCAACUCCGUACAGCUGCUCUAUGAGACUCUCGGAGGAUCACAGGGGCUAGUUCAUUCUGAUGACAUGGCGAGCAGCAGGGAGAUGGAUAAGAUGGAUGAAAAUGAUAGAGGUGAUAAUGCCUCUGAUGCCCCACAAUCAUUACAUCCCACCCCGAAGCCCCCCGAGCCUCUGCUGAUUGGACAAUGCUCUGGAUUCAUAGAGACGACGGUCAAAAUCAAACAGAAUGAAAUGCUGCCUGGGCCCAAGUUUGAGUUGGACGGUAAAGUCGGGUGUCUCCACCUGCUGCUGUCCCCCAGUCAGAUCACACACCUGACGGACCUCAUGUCCUCCCUCUGCAUCGAGACAUCAGAUGGCGGUGGUGGUGGUGUGUCCGGUGGGGGUGUUUCUAGGCCUCUGGGUUCUGAUGAUCUGCGAUUGAUUGAAGAGGAUCUUAGUAAGCAGCUGAACUCAGAAAUGUAUGACAGAGAUCUGGAGCUGGAAGCAGAACCAUAUGUCACCAGCAUGAAGAACGGAGAGAUGUUUUAUUCGAUGGGUCUUGGCUGUAUGACCAGCAGUGUGUUGUCAACACGCUCUGGGAAUGAACUGUCAGACAGCGAUAUGGAGUCGUCCAUUCAUAGCCAGAGCAGCCUGGUUCAAACAAACCCUCUGUCUCCACAGGGAAUGCUCAACUGUCCUCGUCGUUAUCCUGUACCAGGAUCCUUAUCUAGUUUGCCUCAAUGUAGCAGACCUCCCAAACGGUCAUCUCGAAGCAGUCAAUCAGAGCCGCUGAAACCAGACUCCUUGCUCCGCCUCUCUCUGGGCGGAGUCACACUUACUCUGUUAGAGCAGGACCCGCCUCCCGGGCCAGAUGGGCUGUCCUCAUUGGCUGAGGUGUCACAGUUGUUUUUCCGUGAGCUUGGGUUCUUUAAGGACAGCAUGUUCAGUGAGAGAGACUUCCACAAUCUGAGAGGAAACUUUGCUAAAGCAUGUCCCCACUCCCACCUCAGGGUGACCGGUGCAGCAGUGCAGCUGGCUUGUGAGAUGCGUAGCGCAGGGCGGCACACCCGAGCCAUGACCUCUGACCUCUCCUUCAGCAGGCUGGAACUGCUGGAGUGCCUGUGGGACUCGGGCGGUCCACAGUACACAGAGCUUUUGCAGUUCCAGUCAGCUGGUCUCUUCACGAUGGGCACCACUGCCAGACCCUGCGCCCAGUUCCACCACAGUCUGUCUGAGAAGCACAUGCGUAAGAGUGGAAGCAGGCGUCGUGUGAUACGGAUGGACAGCUCUCUGCGAAUCAAGCUCGGGGAGCUCAGCUCUGAGUUGGACCUGGACAUUAUAGGCCGACUGGAGGACAUCCUGCAGGCCCUGAGGCACUGUCCAGCGCCAUCUCAAAGAAACACAGCGCAGGCUGCAGAGUCUCAUUUGUUGGAGCUCCAUUCUUCUCUCCUGCUUCAAUCUCCUUAUGCCGUGUUGAAGGUCCGUUUCCCCAUCCCUGACCUUCGACCCCUGGGGCUGAGGCGGCCCCUGAGCCAGUGUGCAGUGCGAAAUGAGAUCUUGAGCCUGCAGAUCUCUAAUCUGGAGCUGAAGUCUCAGCAGGGGCCAGACGUUCAGCAGGACGGCCCCUGCAGCCCAGGGGCCAAACUCGCCAAACUACUGGAGGCCUGUUUCACUGAUAUGCACGGAGUGUAUGAGGGCUGGGAGGGAGAGGCAUUUCCCUGUAUCCGUGUGCAAAAGAGCCCAGAUCCACAGAACCCUGAUGGCAUUCCCAGGAUUCAGAUACGAGUGAAUGAAGGAGCGGGUUCUGACAGUACGGGUGUGUGUGAAGGGGUGAACAGGGAUCUGGGGCUGGGCUCCAUGUCUCUAGAGAACCCCUGUGAACUCCGAGAGAAGAACAGCUCUCCUUUCUCCUCCAACCGCACUAUGUUUGAGACCGAAGAGAUGGUGAUCCCAGCAGACCCAGAGGAGAUGGAUGAGUUUCAGACUCAGUGUAUCUGUCAGUGUCAGUAUGUGGUUGAUAUCACCUUUCCUGUAGCCUACAUUCUCCUUCCCAGUAAAGAGGCUUUUCUGAGCAUCUAUAACAGGAUUAGUAAUGAUCUGUUGAUGUGGGAACCUCCUCCACCUCCUCCGUCCCCUCCUCCUGCUCCUCCUUCUUCUUUUCAAAGUUCUCGUAGUCCCUCCCACCAGUACAGACCUGAGAAGGAUGAAUUUUACCUCUGUAAAUCUGCCUUCAGGCUGGAAUCUGACUCUGAGGAGGAGGAGCCGCCGCUGUUCUUCUCAACCAACCAAUCAAAACAAAGGAAACAGUUAGAGCCUCAGUCCAGCCACGCCCUCAGUCUGCUCUGUUUAACGGUUCUGAUUGGCAAAGGUCGUCUCCAAGCUAUGACGGAUUGCAAGAAUGAAGCUGGACGUAAAAUGGACCUCUGUCAUGGAGAACUCAUUUUGGACUUGGAAGGAGGAAAGAUUUUUAGUGUAACGCAACACCAGAACAAUCCCAAUCUCAACUUUCUUACCGUAGAAAGCAGAAGAGUAGAGCUGUACCAUAAAGCCGAGGUCCCAGACUCCCCUAUUCCUGUGAAACUGGAAAUGCCCAGAUUCACUUCCCCGGGUCAUCUGGACCCUACCAUUUACCCCACAGAGGUGGGAGUGAGCAGUGUUGGUGGCCGAGAAACCGACGUUCAGAUGCUGUCGACUGCCAUCAAGAUCACAUUAGAUCUUGAAAGGAAUGUGAAGGAGUUUCUGGUCGCACUGCGACUCCAUGGUGCUACUUUACGACAUCACAUGGCGUUAACCAAUCAUAGCUGGCAUGAGCAGAUUGUUGAUUUCCUUGAUGUCAUUGAUGAUGACAUUUUAGGCUACACCCCACCUGCCAUCAUCACGGUUCUUCACACUCACCUGGCCACCUGUGCAGUGGACUACAGGCCGCUUUAUCUUCCUCUGCGAGUUUUGUUUACAGCUGAGUCCUUUUCUUUAUCCAGCAACAUCAUUGUGGACACUGCGACCUUUCACCUCAGGUUUAUCUUAGAUGACUCUGCGUUGUACCUGUCCGAUAAAUGUGAAAGUGAUACUGUGGAUUUGAGACGAGACUAUGUGUGUGUGUUAGACAUUGAUCUGCUGGAACUGGCCAUAACAACUUGGAAAGGAACUGACUCGAGUAAACUGACUCAGCCGUUAUUCGAGCUUCGUUGUUCUAAUAAUGUAGUUCACGUGCACACCUGUGCCGACUCGUGCGCUGCUCUGGUUAACAUGCUGCAGUACCUGGUUUCCCAGGGCGAUCUUCACCCUCCCCCUCGCCACACGUCCCCCACAGAGAUCGCCGGACAGAAACUUCUGCUGUCAGAAAGUCCUGCCUCCCUUCCACCCUGCCCUCCAGCAGAGACAGCAGAGAUUAACCAGUGUGACCUCACAGAUGCCUUGAUUGACACCGAGAGAAUCCUACAGGAAGACACCCAAGAUUCUGCAGGUUCUCCCUCCAUUCGCCGAGCCUCGCCUGUCUCAGUCUAUCUGUUCCCGGGAGAAGCCCCCAAGCACCGCCCCUCUGUUCUAGAAGGGGAGGAGUCUGAUAUUGAUGGACUGGUCACCACAGCUAUGGAAGCUCAUGCAGAUAUGAUGUCAGAGGAAGGAUCAGAGGGUUCCACCGACAACGACGACUUCUGCAUCCUAGAGGCCCCUGGGAUGGGCAUCCCACCUAGAGAUGGUGAGCCUGUGGUGACGGUGCUCUCCCAGGACCCUAUAAAGGUGCGGGAUGGUUACUACUCUCGGCCUCGAGGCAGUUCAGAUCUGCUGCGCGCCCCGGCCCACUUCCCAGUGCCUCAGAACAGAGUGGUGCUCCGAGAGGUGUCUGUCGUCUGGCACUUGUAUGGCGGCAAAGACUUCGGUGGCAAACCCAGCUCGGCCCACACACCACACAGCCAUAAAGUUCGCUCAGCUGCUCCCGGAGCCCGUGGUUCUCCCUCUCGUUCAGCGGGGCCCUCGCGGCCCCAGAACUCCUGGCGGUGGGUUGGGGGAAGUGGGCGGCAGCACACACUGCUCAUGGAGAUACAGCUGACAAAGCUCAGUUUCCAGCAUGAGACGUACCCAGUGGUGGCGCCCCCUGCUGCAGGACCAGAUGCAGAAGGACCCGGCCUCGGAGAACAGCCUAUUUCCCGCCAAGUGUUUAUCGUCCAGGAACUGGAGGUGCGAGACCGUCUGGCUUCCUCUCAAAUCAACAAGUUCCUGUACCUGUACACCAGUGAGAGCAUGCCACGCAGAGCUCACUCCAACAUGUUGACAGUGAAAGCGCUGCAGGUGAUGCCUGAAUCAGGUUUGGGCGGACCAGAGUGCUGUCUGAGAGUCAGUCUGUUACCACUGCGACUCAAUAUCGACCAGGACGCACUUUUCUUCUUGAAGGACUUUUUCAGUAACAUGGCUACAGGAGUUAAUCCUUGCCUAUCCAUCGACCCUGCAGCUGAGGUAAGAACUGACGUUCCUCAGAAGGCUUCAGAUGACACAGAUCCUGGCUCCGGACUGGGCCAUGAUCUGGCUGCUUCUGUAGAAACAACCUAUAGUGAGCAGAGUUCCUCCUCCGCUGGCUCCUCGUCCUCCUCUGAGCAGCCCAUCUACUUCAGAGAGUUUCGUUUCACCUCUGAAGUUCCCAUCUGGCUGGACUAUCACGGGAAGCAUGUGGUUAUUGAGCAGGGAACGUUUGCAGGCAUCCUGAUUGGUCUGGCCCAGCUAAACUGCUCUGAACUAAAGCUGAAGAGAUUGUGCUGUAGACAUGGGCUGCUGGGUGUUGAUAAGGUGAUUCAGUAUGCUGUGAACGAAUGGCUCACAGACAUCAGGAAGAACCAGCUGCCGGGGAUUCUGGGAGGUGUUGGUCCCAUGCAUUCUGUCGUACAACUCUUCCAUGGUGUGCGUGAUUUGUUCUGGAUGCCGAUAGAGCAGUACCGGAAGGAUGGGCGUAUUAUCCGAGGCCUCCAGAGGGGGGCAGCAUCGUUUGGCACCUCUACCGCCUCUGCUGCUCUAGAGCUCAGCAACAGACUAGUGCAGGCAAUUCAGGCCACUGCAGAGACAGUAUAUGACAUCUUAUCUCCAACUCCACCUCUGACACGUUACAUCACUGAGGGACGUCCCACUCCCCGUCCCAGACGCACCCCUCAGCCAGCUGACCUCAGAGAGGGUGUGGCCAAGGCCUAUGAUACCGUCAGAGAGGGAGUGAUUGACACCGCUCAGACCCUGUGUGAUGUCGCGUCUCGUGGUCACGAGCAGAAAGGUCUUCCUGGAGCAGUGGGCGGGGUUUUGCGUCAGAUCCCGCCCACUGUAGUCCGUCCACUUAUAGUUGCCUCAGAGGCCACUUCAAACCUACUGGGAGGAAUGCGGAACCAAAUUAAACCAGAUGCGCGGAAAGAGGACUUCUUAAAAUGGCGCACCGAAGAUGGCCAAGAAUGAGAUUGACAGGCGUUAAUGAAGUCUGAUUUUUGUUAGUAUGAAUGGGAGAGUGUGAAUGUGAGUUCAUCUGUGAGUGUCAAUGCAAAAACAAAGGACAAAAAAAUGGAAACUGAACCAUUUUUAAGUGGCUUCCACAUAGUUGCACACAUUGUUUCAAGCAAUGCAAUGUUUUGGUCUUGCACUUUUGCUCUAGACAGCCAAGUGCAGCUCAGUCUCAUCUUGUCGUAUUGAAACGUAUGCAAUCAUAUCCAUCUGUAACUCUGUUUACCUGUGAGCUCAAGACCAGGUGUUUCUUUUCCCUCUCUGAAACCCUCAUUUAACAUCUGAUUGAAUCGAUAUUCUCCCUCUCAAGUAUCUCAAACAUAAUGUUGAGGUUAAUUACUCAUUUCGGUAAGGUGAAACGCUUAUUGAAUGCGUUGAGGUGGCCUUUUCAUUUAACACUAGGAAAGUGAUUCUUCUUUUCCUCUCUAUCCUGAUGUCUUUGUGCCAUAAUUCUACUUCACUGACAUUACAAAGAUCUUGUUUUAAACUGUUUAAGCCUAAAAUAAUGCAUUCGUUAUUUGAAUGAUGCAGUCUUUGUAUGGGAUGGAUCAUUUAAUUUUCUAUUCAUCUUCUCGUCUUUCAGAAUUUAAUGAAGGAUUAUUGUCUUGUCCUUUUUGGGUGAAUCUUGCAAAAUGUCCAGGUCAUAUUUCACCCCAAAAUCAAAAGAUAAAAGUAAGUAAUUCGAUUUUACAUAAAGAAAAUAAAGCCUAUGUUAGGAUUUCCUGCAUUGCAACAUAAUUUUCUUGACAAUUGCACAUAUUUGCAUCUGUAACGCAUCCGGAUAUUGUACAUUUAAUUCUUAAUUUCAUUUUCAUUUCUGUAAUGCAGUAUUUUUAUUUAAAU